UUUAUUUAAGGGAUUUUAAGUAGAAUAAUGAGAUUUAACAACAGCUGUUAUUCAUUUUAUUAUGCUACAUAUUAUCUUAAUAUUUACCUACCUAUAGAACAAGCAUAUCAUUUGGAUUUACAUGAACUCCAUCCUCCUUCAAGUACCUACAAUUUCAAAAAUUUGAACAAUUUCAAGCAAAGCCAAUGGUUUUCGUUUGCUGACUUGUUCAGUUGAAAUACAAUUUGUAAUAGCAUAUGUUUAAAAUAUUGAACUAUGAAUAAAAAAUAUUAACAUAGAUUAAAUGUGUGAAUAUAGAAUGGAAUGUGAUUUAAUAUAAUAUAUCAACUGAGAAACUAUUGGUACCUUACAUAGUUACACUUGAAUACAACGUCAUAUAAAAAUAAAAUCUACACAUUUCGGAUUAUCCUGGUAAUUGUAUAUAGAUUAUUUAAUUAUUUAAUGAAUAAUCUAUAAUUAUUUGCUUGUAACUUUUCAAGUUGUAUCAGGAAGUCAGGCUUCUUAAGGUGUUCUUGCAAAGGGAUUGUAAAACUUAAAUGAUAUUUAAAUAAAUACAAUAUACAUGUAUGUGUAUAAAAUCGUGUAUGGUGUGUUAAAUAAAUAAAUCAAUAAUAAUAAUUACUAUUAUGAAUAAGAUUUUAUUGUGUGUGGUAAGUAUUUUAUUUUACUAAGUGAACGAUCACAUUGUGAAACAAAUUACUCGAUGUCAAAUUGAAGAGAUCAUUUUAUAAUCUCACUAGGUAGUUGAUACUUGAUACGACCUCUACAUUAUACAUCUUUCAUUGAGAACCUCACCUAAAGAUAUUAAGAUUUAAUAGUUAAUUGUCUAAGGACAAAGGUUACCUUGGAAACAAAAUGUUAAAAUACUAAAUUGUAAAUCAAAAUAAAAAAAUCUUAUUUACGUACCUACUAAAUUAUUGAUGUAUGGAGGAAAAUGUCGUUUUUAAACAUAUUCAGGAAGAAAGAACCCCAAACCAAUUCUUCUGAAUCGUCGUACGCAAGUAACUUUAGUGAUCGAGUAUCUGGCGAUUAUGUGAAGAAUAAGUCGAGAGAUGUAGCCGUUGAGGACGCCGAAUCAUUGUGGGAUUGCAGAGAUCGAAUGUUGUUGAGUUUGCGCAAGAUAAAGACAGAGGUCAGCGAAGAUGAAGCUGAAAUACAACCCAAGGAUGCACCUACAAUUGUUGAUGAAGUCCAGCCGGACACCACAAUUGUGGACUUGCAGGAUGGCAAUGUUUCGAGUCAGACAAUCGAUCAGUCAACGGGGACAUCCGCGGUCACAUACAACCCAACAGCGGAAAAAAGCCAACAGACGAGCAGUCAUAGUUCGAUUGUUGUAGACGUUCAGCCGGACACCACAAUAGUGGACUUGCAGAGUGGCGUUUCGAGUCAGACAAUCGAUCAAUCAACGGACAUGCCGGCGGUUAAGCACAAGUCAGCGACUGACAACAAUCAACAGAUGAGCACCGAAAGCAUAAAAAAAUGUGUUGCAAAAAAGAAGGAAAUUCCGAGAUGUACCGACACGGUAAUUACGUACAAGCCAGAGGUUGAAAAAAAUCAACAGAUGAGCACCGAAUGUAGCAUAAAGCGGGUUCCGAAAAAGACGAACCUUCCGACAUGUACCGACACGGUGUCUACUUACAAGUUAACGGCCGGCAAGAGCCAACAGAUGAGCACCAAAAGCAGUAUAAAACAUGUUAAAAAAAAGACGAAACUUCCGCCUAUGAUUGAAUCACAGAAUACUGAAUGGGGUGAAAGUUGUAUGUCAAUGAAAGAAUAUAGUGCUUAUAAUUCUAUGGUGGACAAGCUGUGUAAACUGCAGACGAGUGCGGAUUAUCCAAAACACGUCAAGAAUAGAUUACUUGCACCGUCAUAUUACAGCAACAGUUAUCAAUGCUGCCCAUGUCACGAGGUCAUGGUACCCGUACACAAAAUCGCGUAUGGAGUAUUGAUGCUCGUCAAACAGGUGCUCGAGACUCGUCAGUUGUUGGAAAGGUGCCUGCAGCAGACCGACCACCGAAGGCCCGAAAUCAAAUUUAGACUGAGCGCCGCCGCCGCCGGGGCGAAGUAUCUGGCCGGUAAGCUUACAUUUUUGGUGAGUGACGUGAACCACACCACCGGCACACCGGAUCAGAUCGAAAUGCUCAUUGAUGUCUAUGACGCGUGCUUCAGACGUUUCAAGAAGAUCAUUAAGAUCGUGCGCCGGAUAGAAAUGGCGCAGAGCGAAGAGAUGAAUGACGAUAAUAAUAAGUGUUGAGGCCUUUCGACGACG